AUGUUUGCCGCCGUCAUGAAACUUGUGUCAUUCCUCAUCCUUUCUGCUGCAAUUUGCCAUGCGCAGAACGGCAGCCUACCGAAUGACUACAACUCGGUGUCUACUGACGGACUCAUCAGCAACAGUUCCAGGUACAACACCAUACUGCGUGUCGACAAUGGCACAUAUGGGCCCCAACUGGAGGAGGUCCAUUACUUCUACAAGUACUGGCCAGUCGGUAUCGCUGUCUCCAGUCAAGGACGGAUAUUCGUAACUUAUACUCGUGGCGAAUACGACUACACGCUCGCCGAAGUCGCCAAUAAGACCUCGGAGCGUCCCUACCCCUCCCAAGACAUACAACUCGCUCCUGAUCAACUCAAUACUACUUUCAAUGGUAUCCCAUUCGGCUCCGACAACGCCUCCGCCCUCAAUUCUGUUCAAGCACUACAUAUAACCCCGGCCUCAUCCACCCGUCCCGAGACUCUCUGGCUUAUCGACACCGGUCGUCCCACGAUUCAAGACUCCACCGGCUCCUACACCAUGCCCUACGCCCAACCCGGCGGCCCGAAGCUAAUCGGCAUCUCUCUCGACAACGACACCAUCACCGACACCUACACCUUCCCUCCGGACGUCCACUUCCCCGACAGCUACCUGAACGACCUCCGCUUCGACCUCCGCCCCACGAUCAAUGCCGCCUACCUGGUCGACUCCAGCAACGAAGGCCGCCCGGGCUUCAUAAUGGUAAACCUCACGACCGGCGACUCCUGGCGCCGCCUCUCCUACCACCCCUCCGUGCUAGUCGACUACAACGCCCUCCCCGUCUAUCAAGGCCACCCCUGGUACUACCGCAAUCCUAACCAACCCCGCUCCUUCUUCCGCGAGGGCCUAGACGGCAUCCAGAUCUCCCCCGACGGCGCCUACAUCUACUACUCGCCGCUCUCGAGCCAGAACCUGUACCGCGUGCCCACAGCGAACCUGCUGGCUCCCACCUCGGAUCCGCUGAGCGAGCAGGCCGCCAGCAACAACGUGAGCUGGCUGGGCCAGCGGGGCGGGCCGGCGAAUGGCUUUGAGGGAGAUACCAAUGGGCGCAUAUACAUGUGUAUGCCGACGCAGAAUGCCGUGUUUUACUGGGAUGAGCGGGAUUUGGGCGUGCAUGCCUUUGUGAGGGAUCCGAGAAUCAUAUGGCCGGACGGGGCGAGUAUCGGCCAAGAUGGGUAUAUUUACGUGAUUGUUAACCAGCUGCCCUAUAUGGACACGUGGAACAACGGAGUCAAUGCGCGACAAUAUCCCGGUACCAUAUUGAGAGCGAGGCUGCCGGACGGCGGGAGUAAGAUCACAGGGCUGGUUUGA